AUACAAACAAGAAGGAAGAAGAAAAACCCAAAACUAAAAGCGGUUGCAAAAACUCCGUGAUUUUCUCUCCCCCGUUUCCUGUGCUGAAUUUUGUUUUCUUUUUCUUUCUUGUUUUCAUAUGAUCCUUGUCAUUUUCUAUCGUGUGAUUAGAUGGAAUCUGUAACUCUUCAGUUCUUUUUUAUUCAUUAGAAAAAUAAUAUUUUAUUUUAAGAAACAAAACUCUAUCUCCUUUCUCUCUCUUCUUGCAAUCUAUCACAGAUUUGGAUCUUCUCUUGGUGGGAGGGAGGGAGGAAGGUUUCAAUAAACUCAUCCAAAAGUUUUUGUUCUUUUGUUUUCUGGAAUUAUCCAGACUAAUCAACCUCUUUAUUUAAAUCCUAGGUUUUCUUUUGUAACUUGUCAAGGCUUUGUGUCUCUGGUGUGAGAUAUAUAUUUGGAGCUGAUUCAGCUCCAUUCUCUCUUACUCAAAACCAACUGUAUUCAGAAAAAGAAGAGAUGACUUGCUUCUCUUGUUUGAAUCCUCGAACCAAGGACAUAAGAGUCGACAUUGAUACCGCUCGCCCAACCACCGAUUCAUCAGUUCAUGGAAGUGAUACAACAGGAACAGGGUCCAUUUCGGGUAUUUUAGUUAACGGAAAGGUGAAUAGUCCGACGAAGCCUGGUGGUGGAGCUAGGAGUUUCACUUUUAAAGAGCUAGCCGAAGCAACAAGAAACUUCCGUGAAGUUAAUUUGCUCGGAGAAGGAGGCUUUGGGAGAGUUUACAAGGGUCGUUUAGAUUCAGGACAAGUGGUGGCUAUAAAGCAACUGAAUCCAGAUGGGCUUCAAGGGAACCGAGAGUUCAUAGUUGAAGUCCUUAUGCUUAGCUUAUUCCACCACCCCAAUCUCGUUACACUCAUCGGUUACUGUACUUCUGGUGAUCAGAGACUUCUUGUCUAUGAAUACAUGCCAAUGGGCAGCUUAGAAGAUCACCUCUUUGAUCUUGAUUCAAAUCAAGAACCAUUAACUUGGAACACACGCAUGAAAAUCGCUGUAGGUGCUGCUCGGGGAAUAGAGUAUCUUCACUGCACAGCAAACCCGCCAGUGAUUUACCGCGAUUUGAAAUCCGCAAACAUAUUGCUGGACAAAGAGUUCAACCCCAAGCUCUCUGAUUUCGGACUAGCGAAACUCGGUCCGGUAGGAGAUAGAACUCAUGUAUCGACCAGAGUCAUGGGAACUUACGGUUACUGUGCUCCUGAAUACGCAAUGAGCGGGAAACUAACCGUUAAAUCGGAUAUUUACUGCUUCGGUGUAGUCUUGCUUGAGCUGGUUACGGGAAGGAAAGCCAUUGACUUGAGUCAAAAGCAAGGCGAGCAGAAUCUUGUUGCUUGGUCACGUCCAUACCUUAAGGAUCAGAAGAAGUUUGGACACUUGGUGGAUCCGUCUCUACGAGGAAAAUACCCAAGAAGAUGUUUAAACUAUGCGAUUGCGAUAAUCGCAAUGUGUUUGAACGAGGAAGCUCAUUAUCGACCGUUUAUAGGUGACAUUGUGGUGGCACUUGAGUACUUAGCCGCACAGAGUCAGUCUCAUGAAGCUCGUAACGUCUCAUGCACGUCACCUGAUGUCAGAAGAACGCCGCGACGGGACUCUUAGAAACGCACACAAGAAUCUUGAGUUCUUUAAGAACUUUCAGUUUGGUGUUCUGUAAAAAUGUUUGUCUUUCGCACAAAUAAUUUGGUAAAUGUGUUUUUAGUUUCUUAUUCUUAUUUUUCCUACGAUGUAUAUGGGUUUGAAGAAAAUUAUCUUCCAUAGA